AUAUCAAUAUCAAUAUGCCCAAAACAUUUUCAUAUACAUUCCUACAACAUGCUAUUAGGGUUUCGAAAUCUCAUCAAUUUUAGCACUUACAGUUGUACAGGUUUACAGAAGAAUCUGAAUAACAGAAAAUUGUUUGCGAUUCGAGUGGGAGUAAUGGGUUCUGGUAAUAAAGAGAAAAGGGCUAAACUUUCUGUUGCUGUUAAUCCUAAUUCUCAAGACAAUGUCCCAAAUGAGAAUGUUGUGGGAAGCAAAUUAGCUGAAAUUUUAAGCUUAAAAAAAGACCCAGGAAGGGUGGAGAAUUUGACAGUUCAAGAACUUAGAACAGCACUAAGAAACGUUGGAGCACCUUCCAAAGGUCGAAAGCAGGAGCUUGUUUCAGCUUUGAAAACUAUUUUGGAAAAUGGAGUUGAUGGUAUAAGUUCCGUGGUAAGUGAAAAAGAGUCUUCAGAGGAGCAAGUUUUGAAUCAAAUCAACUCACCAAAACGGAAAGUGAAUAGAAAGAAAGAAAUAAAAGAUGAGACUUUAGAGAUCGAUAUUGACAUCAAGACAGUGAAGCAGAGUACAUCCGUGAAAACUGGUCAUAUAUCUGCAGGAAAAAAAUGUUCUGCAGAAAGAAAAGUGGCUGCAGAAGCUACUAGCAUUCAUGUGAAAGUAACUCAAGAGGUUGAGGAAUCCGCUUAUGAGAAGGAACCUUGGACUAGGUUUGCCCACAAAAAGCCUCAGAAAGGAUGGGUUGCUUAUAAUCCUAGAACUAUGAGACCGCCUCCUCUUACGCGUGCUACAAAAUUUGUGAAGCUGGUGUCUUGGAAUGUAAAUGGUUUGAGAGCACUACUGAAAUUGGAAGGAUUCUCUGCACUCGAGCUUGCUGAACGAGAGGAUUUUGAUGUUUUAUGCUUGCAAGAGACCAAAUUACAGGAAAAGGAUGUCGAGAGAGUCAAAGAUCUUUUGGAAGGCUAUGAAAAUAGUUUUUGGACAUGCAGUGUAGCCAAAGCUGGAUACUCCGGCACUUCAAUUGUUUCACGGAUAAAACCUCUAUCAGUGCGAUAUGGCCUCGGGAUAUCAGACCAUGAUACAGAAGGGCGUGUGGUGACGGCUGAGUUUGAGUCGUUUUAUCUACUAUGUGUAUAUGUUCCCAAUUCAGGAGAUGGCUUAAAAAGAUUGGCGUACAGGACUACGGAGUGGGACCCCUCUCUCAGCCAUUACAUGAAAGAACUAGAAAAAUCGAAGCCUGUAAUAUUGACGGGUGAUCUGAACUGUGCCCAUCAAGAGAUAGACAUUUACAACCCUGCCGGGAAUAAGCGAAGUGCUGGAUUUACAAUCGAAGAACGGGAGUCAUUUGAGAAAAACUUUCUGUCAAAGGGAUUUGUCGAUACAUUCAGAAAUCAGCAUCCUGAUAUUGUGGGCUAUACUUACUGGGGUUACAGGCAUGGUGGACGUAAAACAAACAGAGGAUGGCGACUAGACUACUUUUUAGUCUCAAAACAAUUAGCCGACCAAGUUCACGACUCGUAUAUACUCCCUGAUGUAAUCGGUAGUGAUCACUGUCCCAUUGGCCUCGUACUGAAGUGCUAGUCUAACGCCCAAGUUUAGAUCUUGAAAUGUUUUCCGAAGGUUUCAAAUCAGUCGGAGGGGAGAGUUUUGAACCGUUGUAUGAAGGCAUCAAGCAUUUAGGAGUAUUAGUUUCGGGGGAUAAUCUCCCCCGCCUUUUGGGACAUGGUGAAGUUGGGUUGAUCGAAUGAAGCUUAUGCUUUUUUGUCCAAAUUAUGUAGGUUUAUUCUCUUGUAAAACAUUGGGAAUGGCUUCCGCAAAAAUUUUGGUUUUCAUUAAGAAUUAAUCUACAAAUAUCAUUAAUUCUUGAUA